AUGUCUAUCCCGCUCAUUUCACGUUUGGAGAACCUCGAGCUGUCCCAAGACAAGAAAAUUCCUCCUCCAAUCAUACACGACGACUUGAGACGGCCAGGUGUGAUAGCCACUUUGUCGCAGAGGUCUGCAGAGCAUGACAAGUUCCUGCUUCAAUACCCCGUCCCCGCCUAUCGCGAUAUCGUGAAAGCGACCAAAGAAAACGCAGUGGUUCUAGAUCUUCUUGAAAACUUCGGCAAUGAGCAGCACGCCAAUCUAAUCAAUCAUGGAGAAAAGGUUCCAGGAAGCUUUGUCUCCUCUCUUGACUGUUUAGACGGAGAAACCGAGGUAAACUACCUGCGAGCAGCCAAGAAGUUUGUAGAUAUGAAUUCGACCCGGACAUCAACUGCGUGGGCGACGAAUGCGUUCAAAGAUGGGCUACUCAUGCAACGAGGGCCUUUGUGUGAGGGGACACUUGCUUGGCUUAUUCAUUCACCGACAGACAACCAGGUAGACGCCGCUGCACGACUUCUUUACACCUUAGCUGCCAUGUACAUCUCACCAAAGACUGUGCAGGCUUAUGGCGCCAAUCAGAAAUUUGAGACGAAGCAGCUGGUUGAAAUCUUUGCUACCUCGCGAAUUCCUGGAGAGGUGAUCGAUGAACUCAGGACACAUCCUAGCUCAACGCAUGCGGUGGUAUGGUCCCAAGGCCGAGCGUACAAGGUCCACAUUGUCGAUUCUAGAGGCUGGCCCGUACCACCACCCGUGCUGGCAAAUCACAUCGAGAGUAUACUCAGUGUUCCUCAGGAAAAGCCAACACAGUCUACGAUUGCGACCUGGUCCACUUUACGUACCAGAGCUGAGUGGGCAGUAAGAAGGAAGAAGAUCGUUUCUACCCAUGCCAUUGCACUGAAUGACCUCGAAUCGGCAAUCACUUCGGUGGCCCUUCACUCUUUUCAGCCAUAUAGUGACAGAGCACAGCUGAAAUCUGCUAAGACAGAUCCGUACAACGUUUAUGCCGACAAAACCCUAGGCUUCUCAGUGUUUUCAGGCGGCGCCAUCGCUGUCCGAGGUGAACACGCGGCAGCAGAUGGUGGUCCCUUUGGACAAUUGAUGAUAAUGUUGGACCAAAGCUUGAAGGGGACCCCGGAGACGAUGCGAACGAUCGCAAAGCCUGUCAAGCUCGAGGAGCUCGAAUUUGGCACUUCCGAAGAAGAUUCCAUGACAAUUUACCAACCGCCUCCCCUGUACUCAGCAACAAAAUCACGCCAUUUCACAGUAUUUCAGAACGCCGAUACUCUUGAUCUGCUUCGCUCAUCACGGCUUCUAAAUUUCGUACUCCAGAUAGCUUAUCAGAACGCACUUCUAAGCUUGGAAGAUAGCUCGGGGAUUUGUAUCGUUGAACCAACAUCUGUUCGCACUUUCGCGGACGGGAGAUGUAAUGCAAACUACGUCAUGACGAAGGAGUCCCUCGAAUUCUGCCAGAAUCUGCGCAGCUGUACACCGAGCAAGAAUCUUCAUCAAUCGUUCAUCCUGGCUCUCAAGAAAUACAAAGAACUUCAGAAGUGGACCAGGGAGGGUGCAGCAUUCACUUUCGGUCUGAUCUUUCUUGCGAACAGUGUUCGAGCUUUGCCGCAGUCUGAGCAAAAGUCUGCUGCGUUGAAAAUGCUUUCAGCGCUGAUGAAGAAGCCGGCAUAUUUCACGGGCUCGGGUCAUGGAGAGUCGAUUCGUGCUAGCGAGGCUUUUGUAUUUCAAUUGGAUCAGAUUGCUCUCGUGUAUCUUGGGCAUGCGGACAAGGUUAUUGUGUGUUUGACCGGGUCAGGGAAGUUUCAGGGCUGCUUGAAGGCUAUACAGACUUCUAUGGAGGAAAGCGUGACUACAAUCAGCAGUGUCGCCGCAGCUGUGGCGGUCUCUGAGUAUUCUUAG